AUGGAGAAGCGUGGUUCAGCUCCAGUUCUUGACGUAGCCGACCCACAGCAAGAGGGUGACGCUCUCGCUAUGGCAGAGCACGCAGAUAAGAUAGAUGAGUAUUACUACGGUGUUCGUAUCUUCCCUGGUCAAGAUCCAAGUCAGGUAUGGGUUGGAUGGGUAACAACACAGUACCAUUUCUACUCGACCUCCUACCAACGAAAUCGUGUCGAGCGACGAUGUGUCUAUACCGAGACCACGGGCGCAAACCAAGAGAACCUUGAAUACCGCAACUGCUAUAUGAUGAACGCUGCGGACCUACUGUCACAUGUACCCGAUGUCACCAACACCAAGGAUGGGAAUUUAAUGCAGGUAUCUGGUACGCUCAUUGGAUGUAUCGUCGACACAUCUGUUGGCGAGCUGUCGUUCCAAGUUGCUGGUCAGGACACUGGAGUGCGGUUCAAGGUGAGAUUAUUGGACGCUUUCGGGUGA